UUCGGACGCGGAUAGUCCGCAACGCGAUCGACCCCAAUGGCGACGACGCACGUGUGCGUAAUCGCGACAACGUAUCGCUUCUACCUUCUUGACGUCACCGGCCGCCACGACUCGGAUGUGUAUAAAACUUCCCCGGUGUCGCCGUUUAUCGGCCAGAUAAGUUUUUGCCGCAUGCUUGCCAGCGGCGUUCGUCGUCCCUAUAAGACCGAUCCACGUCGCCGGAAAGAAUCGUAUCGCUGUGUGUGUGUGUGUGUGUGUGAAUCUCAGUUGGCGCUCUGGAAAAGAGCAAAACCGCGUCGACGAGAAGACGACGAAUUCUUGCAAAAUCGUUGUCGGGCAUCGAUACGACAAACCUGCGAUCCGUAAUUUCGCUCACCAUAAUAGCGCCCAGCGAGAGACACGAUUGGGAAAUGGCCGAGGCGAAUGACUUAGAUGAAUGUUACAACACCGCCGAGGAAUUUGUUCUGUACGCGGGAAAGGUAAUACAAGACAGCAUUAAUGUGAAAAAGAGCGUCAAGAGUAAGGGAAUCGAUUGGGAUCUCGUCACGGAAUACGACCGCCGAAUAGAGGACAAAUUGAUCAAGCAGUUAUCCGUAAAGUUUCCAUCGCACAAAUUUAUCGGUGAAGAAACAGCGGCAAAAGAAGGCCGCCUGCCGCAACUAACCGAUGACCCUACGUGGAUAAUUGAUCCCAUAGACGGCACCACCAACUUCGUGCAUCGUUUCCCGCAUACGUGCAUCUCUCUGGCGCUAAUGGUGAACAAGAAAGCGGAGAUCGGUAUAAUUUAUAAUCCUCUCAUGAGGCAAUUUUUCUCCGCGAGGAGACACCGCGGCGCCUUUCUCAAUGGGAAGCUCAUAAAAACAUCGGAAAUAAGAGAUAUAUCUCAGUCAUUGGUGGCUAUGGAACCGUGGCUUGCGAAAGAUCCUCAGCAUCUAACUAGCGUGUACAGCAGAAUGCACGCUUUGAUACAAGGGACUCAUGGAAUACGGUCAUUAGGUACAGCAGCACUUACACUGUGCUAUGUGGCAAUGGGAGCUGUGGAAGCGUAUCACAUCGAAGGUAUUGAUGCUUGGGAUGUCGCAGCCGGGAAAUUGAUAAUAGAAGAAGCCGGUGGAAUUGUAAUAGACACUGCCGGAUGCGAGCUCGACAUAAUGACGCCAAAAGUCAUAGCGGCAUGUAAUCAAGAAGUCGCGCAGCAACUUGUAAAUCUCUUUAAAAAGGCCGACUCCGAGAUACUUAAUAAAAAUUUAAACUGAAUAUGUUCUGUCAUAUAUGUAUAACAUGUACAUAUCUUUUAGGUAAUAUCAUAUAUAUAAGUAUACAUGUAUACAUUUGUAUGCUGACUCUAAAAUGCAGUAUUAUUAAAUGUUACUACAUUAUAUCAUAUUUGUAAGAAAUUUGAUUCCAGAGUACAUAAAAUG